AUGUACAAGCUCAAUUUCAAUGCUGCUGUUUUUGCAAAUAGGGAGGCAUCAGGUGUAGGAGCAGUGAUUCGCAAUGAGAAGGGGGAGGUGAUGGCUGCAUUAUCGGCGAAAGGUGCUACUGUAGUGGACAGUGAGGAGGCUGAGGUGUUGGCGUGUCAAAAAGCAUUGGAGUUCGCCGUGGAUGCUAGUUUCUCGAACCUGAUCAUUGAAGGUGACAAUGUGACUGUGAUGCAGACUAUCUCCUCAACACAACCUAAUCUCUCUCAGUUGGGACUGGUUUAUGAGAACAUUCGCUGCAUUGCAGCAGGUCUUCGAUAUGUGUCUUUUAGCUGUGUUCGUUGUAGUGCCAACUUAGUUGCCCAUUCUUUAGCUCGUUAUGCCAGUCAAAUAGAUAAUGAAAUUAUUUGGAAGGAAGAAUCGCUACCACCAGCCUUUGAGGCUUUGUAUUUGGAUUCUAGCUUUUUAUAA